AUGGAUGCCCUUAUGAUUGUUCAUCAGCUGCAGCGGCUCGCCGCAGAGCCCCGCCCUUCGGCAGCGGUGAGGGCGAAGAUACCCCGCAUGGCACUGGGCAUUUGCUACUUCCUUGAACACCCAGACCGCGGUGUGCAGCACCAAGCUGCGGGUGCUCUGAGGUUGUUGCUGCAGCAGCACAAGCAGCUGGUAUUGCAGGCCCCUGAACUCAAGGACAUGCUGACUGCCCUGCAACAACACACCAAUAGCGACGAUGUGGUUGUUAGUGAAUGCUGUUCUGCAUCGUUGGCGCUCCUUAGGCAGGACGAAAAAGAGCACCAGCAGCAGCAGCAGCAGCAGCAGCAGACGGAAGACGACACGCAUGCGGAGCCGCUGGAGUCCCUCGAUCUCUUCUCCGUGGUAUUGGGCCUCAGAGGCCUGUUGCGCUGUCCUACGAACCGUAGCCUCCUUAACUUCUCGACGCAACAACAACAGAAACAGGAAAAUGAAGGUUCGGAGCAGCAGCAGCAGGAGAACCAGGGUCAACGGGUGCUUGAGCUACUACAGCGGGACCUUCAGCUGCGACUUGUUCGCGUGUGGGGCGUUUCAAGCGCAACAGUAACUCUUAACGCUCCAAGUUUGCUGAAACAAGCGGCGGCGCUGUCACCCGACAAUGCAAGGGAGAAGACGGGACUGAAGCAGCUGAGUGAAGAGGGCGAUGGAGUUGCCGUAGUGAACAUCAGACUUUCCCGCAAGACCCAACGGCUUCAGCAGCAGCUCAGAGAGCUGCGUGCUGCUAUGGGCCCCCUGACAUUGCUACUGAACUCCGAGCUGCUACAGAAGGCGCCACGUAAAGAAGGCGAAGGUGCCGCAGAAGAGUCUGCCGGAGCCAGCGCGCCUGAGGGGAGUGGCAGCAGCAACAACGGCAGGGGCGACUCAACAGCCUCUGCCGGACUCGGCAAGCAGCAACAACAGCAGCAGCAGCGAGAUGAUGGGGACGGAUAUCUAGAUGAAGAGCUUAGAGAAAACUGGGGUGACACGGAGGAUGAACACAAGGUGAACGCAUCUCCUGCAGGCAAUGCCGGGAGCGGCGGGUUUUCGUUCUUCAGCGCAAACUCAGCUCUUUUUGCUCAGUCUCGUUUCAUGGGCGGAAUGAUAACCCCUUCAGAAGUCAACCCCGAGAUGAGUGCGAAGCUUAGGGCAGAAAAGGAGCGUAAAGCGGCAUUGAAAACACAAGCCCAAGGAGGCAUAAUGGACAAGUUGUUGGGCCGACUAGGGUCGGGUGCGAGGCUGUUCUAA